CGGGCACACACAUUGAGCAGAUCGGCGAAAUUAUAGCAAAAUUUUAGCACGAAAUAUAUGAUUGCAUUAAUGAGAUCAGUCAAAAGCCGACUGUCGGCGAAUACGGAGCAAAUUGCAAAAAUCGAAGAAAAUUACAACACGACACACAAAGGCAACAAGGGCUGCGAUAUAAGAACGCUUAGCGCCGCGCAAGUCGAAUUUUUUGCAUAAAAUAUAUAUACAAAAAACUUUAAAACAAAAAAAAAAAUAUCGCUAAUUUCAAGCGCCGCUGCUCAUAACAUGCUUUUGAAACGCGAAUACGCUCAUACGCUGCUAUUUUUGGCACUUUUCGUAUACGCGCCGAGUGCCGCACAAAGCGAGGAAAAUGAAGGCGCAGACUUCGACGCCGACACCCUUGAAGACAACAUAGAGCUGAGCCUGCAAUCGUUCGAAAUGGAUGAUAACACACCCACCAAUGCUGCUGAGCCGACGACGACUACAAUAAGCACGACACAACUUUCGAAUAAUUUUGGGGAUACACACAAUUUUGAGCUUACAAACAAUUUGGAGGACGCGCGACCGCAACUGCGCAACAUCAAGAGUAUGGACGAUAAAUGUCUCGAGAGCUAUUGCUACAAUUUUCACUAUGGCCGAUUGGAUGAGGUGGCCUUCUUCGAUAUUAAAACCGAGGUACGCAUUAAUAAGGAGGCUACCACCUAUGAUAUUGUGAAUGCGCGCAACUACGAUACGCUGAUCUUUGAGAAUUCGACAUUCGCACGCUUUCCGCUUCAUCUCUUCUAUGCAGUGAGCAUUAAGGAGUUGGAUAUGCGUAACUGUUCCAUAGAAGUGGUAACGUGGGAGUGUUUUCUAAUGGCACAAAAUCUACGCAUAUUAUUGCUCUCCAAUAAUCGCCUGCAAGUGAUUACCGAGAGCACUUUCAAAUACGCGAGCGAUUUACAAUAUCUUUUUCUGGAUUCAAAUCGCUUGCUACAAUUGGAUAGCGAUAGUUUUGACGGUUUGACGUCGUUGCGUUAUUUGGAUAUGAGCAAUAAUCGCCUGACACAACUACCGAAGGGCCUCUUCGAUGACCUCACCGCUUUGGAGGAAUUACGUUUGGACAACAAUCGCAUACACACACUCAACAAUCAACUUUUCACCAACAAUGUGAAUUUAUUAAUACUCUCGAUGUGCGAUAAUCAGCUCAAGCAUAUUGAUGACAACACAUUUCGACGUCAGUCAAAAUUUAUUAUUUUGGAUAUUGGAAAUAAUCGCGAAUUGCACACACUCGUAUUGAUGUUGCAAUUGCAGAAUUUGAUUGCCGCCAAUUGUGCACUCACACGUGUCAACAUUUACGGUUAUGUACGCAACGUCGAUCUCAGCUACAAUCACAUACAGGAGUUGUACUUUGCACAGCCGGAAGUUUUAAAAACUUUGACACUGCGCAACAAUUCGCUGGAACAGGUGGCCUCGCUAACGCGCGCCACCGAGUUGCAAGUACUCGAUUUGUGUGACAAUCCACAGUUGGGCACGCUGCCGACGCCUUGGUUGGCGAGCGCUUUGAAACGUUUAAAUCUCGGCAAUUGCGGCUUGCAACAAUUACCCAUCGAGACGAUCGCUACGCAGCCGGAAUUGAGCUUUCUCAAUGUCUCCCACAAUCAGCUGCGCGAGAUCAAUCCGCAAAACUUCAAGUAUCUGGAGAAGUUGCGGAAUUUCGAUAUACGCGGCAAUGAUUGGAACUGCUAUAAUUUGAAUAUACUUAUGGAUAUGCUGCUUAAGCCGCAAAACAUUGCUUACGGUCACGAUGUGAUGGACAGCGAAUUUCCGGGUGAAUAUAUCAACGAUAUUGCGUGUAUGUAUCGCAUAGAGGACACAGAGGAAGUGGAAGACGUCGGCACGACGAGUAAUGUUCAACCCAACAGUAUUGCCAAUACUGUGGGUGCACUAGCACAGCUGCAAAAGUAUCCCGAACAAGAGUUGGAGAGCUUUCGUAGAGAGCUUAAGGCUAUUGUGGGCAUUUAUGAGCAAAAAUUCGAUCGUGCCUUUCAGCAGAUCGAGGACUUGAAUGCGCGUUUGCGUGCCUUUGAGAACAUAAAUGCUACGCUCUUUCAGCAUGUUACGAUAACGGUUUAAAUAUACAUUAUCCCAAUCUAAAUUAAAUGAUAUUACAGUCAAAGUUUUUUUUUCAAAAUAUUUGUAUGUUUGUGGUUUUAAAUAAAAAUUGAAUGUGUUUAAGCAAAAACUCAAA